UUCACAACAACAACAGCGUUAACUAAAUCGUAGCAAUACAAAAACAUUUUGUGCGUCGGUUUCGGUCGACAUUCAAUCCAUUGGCAGCAGCAAUCGCAAGUAAAAGUGAUUUUGUUACGGAACGCAACACACGUCGUCGUCGUCGUCAUCGUCGUCGUCAACACAGUCGGUGUGUAGACAAAAUACCAUACAGCCAUUUGGUUGCGAUCUUUAAUUUAAAUAUUUUCUUGCGUUAUUUUGGCACGCACGCAUCACAUAACCGUUAAAAAAAAACUCGUAUAUCUGCUGAUCAACUUCGACUCAACCAACUUUGGUUGAAAUAUACAAAAGCGGCUGCUGGUGAAGAAGACCACUUUUUGCAACUACAAAACACCACCAACAACAGCAACAACAACAACCAGCACAUCAAUAAAAUGAAGUUCUUCCACAUAUUGCUGCUGACAUUACCUUUGCUCGCGUACAGCUAUCCCGCACAGAGUGAAGAGAAAUCCAUUUCGCUGGAAGAGGUGGAGCUACCCGACAGCGAUCAUGCGGCGUCUGGUGGCGAGUCACAAAUACAAAAACGCUCGGGCAGCUUUGAUUAUGUGGCACAUUUGAAGUCCGGCCUACUCUCGAGCAUUGGCCAAGCGUCUGCAUCCAUUGCUUCGGGCAGUUCAGGCGGCAGUAGUAGUAGCGGUGGUGAUGGCUAUAAGUCAUACGAAUCGGCACAUGGUAACUCCGUUGACUACAACCCGUGGACGUUUAAGAAAUCUGUAUUGAACACCAUCUUCCAGGCGGUCAAGGCAAUCACUGGUGGUGUGACCGCACUCAAAGGUCAACUGAUUAAGGGCAGCGGUUAUGCACUGAGCGCUAGCGGUAAUUUGGUUGCCUCAUCUGGUGAUAAGGUGACUGACGUUGGCAAGGCAAUCAUCAAUUCAGCGCAAAUUAAUUCGCAUUCGGGUUAUGGUGGUGGCGGCGUUUCGGUGCAUCCCUUCGCCAAAUUUAGUUCACUGUCCGGUGCAUCGUCGGGCGGCAGUAGCGGUGGUAGCGGUAACAAGCAUUCAGGAGGACCGGUUGUGCAUACGGAAACCAUUACUACAUAUGAAAUUCCACCUGGUCAUAGCAACUACGGUCCACCCUCAAAGCCACCAACCUAUAGCUCAGCCACGCAUCAAUACUUACCGCCAGCGACGGGCGGUUACACAGGCGGUGGGGCGCCAUUUAGCAGUGGACAUGCGGCAUUUGAGGCACCCGCCAGCAAUUACCUGCCAACCGGCUAUUCCAAUGAUGGACAUGAUGAUUUCAACAUUUACGGACGCCAUCAGAAACUUAGCGACACAGAUGCGCGUAAAGCCGCCGCGCAACUGCAGGAAAUACUCAGCCUCCUGCCGAGUGGCAAAACGGAAUUCACCGCAUCGAAAACAAUUGUACUGGACACACACAAUCACGAUGGUGGCGCACACACUGGCCCAGGUGGUGAGUUGAAUACUGACAGCGUUGAUUUGCAUACCUAUGGUCUGCCGAAAGAUUUGGGUCCGCUUGAGUCGUUGUCCCACACUGAAUCCAUAACAGCAGCAUAUGCACAACGGCAGCAGAAUCCCGCUGAUAUUUAUCGCCAAAUGGCGAAGAAGCAAACGGCGGAGGAGAUUUACAUACAGAAGCACCCCAAUGAGGGUUACGACUAUCGGCCCACAAGCCCUACACCAACUGGCGCUGAUAGUGGCAGCCAACAGGGUGUAGGUUACAAGUACAACAAUUAUCAUGCAACAAAUAAUGCACUAAAAGAUUUAACACCCAUCAUAGCUGCCUUGGAAGUGGCCAAACGACGCGGUUCAACACAACAAAAUGAAGUGACCAAACAUUUUACCGUUGAAAAGAGUGUAUACAAAGUGGCGCCACAAACGACAUCGAAGUCAAACAAUCAAUUCAAAUAUUUACCACCCACCGUGCAUAAGACCAAGCACAUAUAUUUCGAUCCGGCACAGAAUAAAGCCGAUACGGAAUACCGUCCGCAAUAUGUAUCGCCAGCACCACUACCACCAUCGGCAGCAGCUUUAACGAAGGCUGCACCGCCACCGCCGCCACCACCAGCACAGUCACAGCUAGCUCAGGUAGCUACUCGUAAUUAUGGCGUUCAACAGGGUCCUACAUAUUCCUCAACGUAUGCGUCACCUCAGUCGAGUCAGCAUGUACCAGCGGCCUCAUCGGCCGCGUACAAAGUUCGGCGCCAGGUGCCAAGCAGCUCUAUUACCACUUUGAAAGUGCAGUCCAAGACGGCGCCAUACUUCAAGCAUCACGACUAUGAAAUACAGGAUCCACUAAUGUUCAAUCGCAUGUUGGCGUUCUGAGUGUGAAGGGGUUAAAAAUUAUUUUUAUAUGGA